UUAUCCCGGGAGCCCCCACCAACCCCGCCCGAGCUUGAGAUGGAGGACGCUGCGGAUACGGGGACGCAACAAACCGCCAUAGAAAACAGUGCUGCAGCAGCAGAAACAUGGGGGCAACCAACUGCCACGGAAAGCAAGGGGACAGACUGAGAGACCUAGCGGACUGGUUGAUGGACAAUCUGCAAAUAAAGUUUCAAGGCCGGAGUGAUGACUUCUGGGAUAAUACAUACCUGGCCUUAAUCCCCCUACUUGAAAACAGUGAAAGCCUCCAGCUUGUUCAUGCAAAUGGCUUACCGCAAGGAGUGAAGUGGUCAGACACGUGCCAGAAGCUCCUCACCAUUGUCCUUGAGCACUUCCGACCACAGGGAGAUGUUGAUACCCAGCAAGAAAGGAAGGACAACGGGCCCCCGACUAAUGAAAAUGGACAAUCGCAUCCCCUAAAAGAGGAAACUGAGAUGGUCGGGAAGGAAGAGACACAGGAGGGGGCAAAAGAGAAAGCUCAGAAGGAUCGCACGGGGCAAAGGGAAGCGGCAAAGGACAAAGCAGGACCCGCAGGAGGAAAGGCCAAAGAGGACAAAGAGGAGGACAAGAUGCCUGGGGAAAAGAAAGAAGUCAGCCAGAGGAGGGAAGGCGGGACAGACAACAGGAUAGAUGACAGAAAACCAGAGGAGGCAGUAAAAGAAAAAGUGUCUCAGGACACGGGGGCAGGAGUGGGGAGCAAAACGGAAGGGGGAAUCAAGGAAGGAACAGAAAACGGGAUAGCAACGGGAAAAGAGGAUGACCCACACAAGAUAGAAAGGAGAAAUAAAGAAAACACACCUGCAAUCGAAGGGAGUAGGGUGUCGGAAAGAGAGGAGGAAGGGCUGUGCUUGGCGCUGGCCGCCUGGCAGCCAGAGGCAAAUACACAGCGAAAGCCGGACGCAACACGCAACACAGCUACCCCGCAGCCCCCACCGCCCUCUCAGUCCACGGAUUCGGACCUCACAAGCAAGCGUCUGAAGUUACGACAUCUACUAGACAAGGGGGGGACAGUACCUCCGGUGGAAAAAGGGCUUAACAUCAUACCGGUCAGACGCCGGGAGGACUCUUGGGAAGUGGGUCUGUCUUCACCACCCGACGCAACCCAUGGAGAAAUCACGAUGAAGGGGCAAUCGUCGUUUCUCCUCUCACUCACAGCAUAGGGAGGCGGCCCGACACUUCUGAAAUCAAACAUUAUGCAACUG